GUGGUGGUGGUGGUUGUGGAGACUAUAUUGGAGGCAUGGCGAGUGGAGCUGGUGGAAGCGGGGAGGUUACGACGCUGCCUACGCCCAUUCCGAGUGCGCGGCUGGACGGGGGACCGCUGGCCAGGACGGCGAGCUCGCCAGUGCUCGGUGUGGCAGGCAGCGGCGAGGAGGCGAUGUUUGCAGACCACGGAGGCGUUCCGCUCAUCAAUCGCAAUCUAGAGGCCGUGGUCGGCGGGAGCGGAGGUGGGCGUGCUCGCGGGCGGCCGAGGUCCGGCACCAUGUCACUGCCCAAGGGCGAUCGCAAGAUCCUGCACUCGCUCUCCAAGGCCGUCUCCAAGCUCACCAAGCGAGUCAAGGCCAUCGAGACAGCCAUCGAAGCACUGGGCACGCCCAAGGACACGGCCACAUUCCGGCGCAAGUUUGUCAAGUUGUGCAAGGAGGCCAACGCGGCGCUGGCCGACGUGCUCCCGCCGCUCUUUGCCGCCAUGCCGCCAGGAGCACUCGAGGGCACGUCGGCAGACGCCAAGGGUGCGUCGGCGACGCUCCUGCGGCGGCGAGUCAACGAGCUGCUGGCUGUCUCAUCGGCACUGGCUGCAGUCGAGGAGCAGUACCGUGAGAAGGAGUCGCUCUUUCUCACCCAGGCGCGGUCGCUGGUCCAGCUGAUGGCCUACGACUCGUCGUUCAGGCCCAAUGAGCCCGACGGAACGGCCAUGACCGCUGAGUCCAUUGAGACCCGCGAGCGGGUUCUCUCUGCUGUCGACGCCGCCGCGCUCCUUACUGCCGAGAAGCACGACCGCAUCGCCAGCCUCCAGCGCGCACUCGCCGGCAGCGUCACGGCGGCAGGCAGCUCGGUGCGGGCCGACUCACCGGUGCCCUCCCGCCGAACCAAGGUCCGCAAACGUGUGCGGGUGGGCAAGCAUCUAGCGACGCCAGUGGCGGGCGGGAGCUCCGACCACGACAACGACGACUGCAGCCGAUCCGGCGAGUACUCACAAGAGGCGCUGCGGCUCCUGCGCAAGUCGUCGAGCACGAUGCUUGAGACGCUCAAGCCGAUGCCCAUCGGCGACUACGGCGUGUACCAGGGCCUGCUCAACGACGACGAGCGCCCGCACGGGUUCGGAACACUGCUGUUUCCGAGCCGCGGCACGCUGUACGAGGGGGAGUUUGUCAACGGCCGCCGGGCCGGCCUUGGCCGCCUCGUCGUGCCGGGCGCGUACGUAUUUGAGGGCGUGUUUGCUGGCGAUGUGCCGGUGAGCUCGGGCCGGAUUGUCUACCCGGACGGCGCCAGCUACAGCGGCGAGGUGAUGGUGAAAGCGUCGCCGGCCGCUGGUGAGCUCUUGCUCGACGACUACGAUGUGGAGCGGAGCGGAUACGGCGCCAUGGAAUACCUCCGUGAGGGCGUGGUGUACUCGGGCAUGUUUGAGGCUGACGCAUUGAGCGGGCCGGGCGUGCUCUCGGCGCUGUCAACCGGCGCGUCGCUGGCGGCCUGCCGCCGGGUGAUGGCAGAGGCGUUUGAGGUGGCGGCGCAGGGAAGCUUGGUUGCUGAGGCCAUGACGAGGUCGCGGUCAGGCUCGGGUCGGUCACCGCCUGUCCUUUCGCCGAGCGGGAAGCUAGGCAUGAGCCGGGCCGAGCACGACGGCGUAGUGCGAGUCCUGGACUCCUUCCCACGCUUCGGCGUCUUUUACGGCACCUUUGCUGCCGGCACGCUCUCCGGACCAGGCGUGCUGCUCUGCCUUGAUGGCUCGUGCGUCGAGGCCGUCUUUCGAGACAACGCACUGGUCGGGCCUGCCGCCUUCAGCUCGCCGCUGGGUCAACGCGUGGCCGGCGAGAUCCAGGGAAGCUCAGGGGAGUUGCUUGGGGCCGUGGUGGAGCGGCCGCGGACGGCAGCCGCGCUGGCAGCCGGCACGUCGGCGGUGGCAGCUGAGCUUGUGCUCGCCAACAUGGAGAUGUACGAAAAAGCACGGGCCGGUGGGAGCCACAUGGUGACGUUGCUUGCGCCUGGUAACGAGGCCGAGCAGCUGGCCGGCGCAGGGCCGGCUGGCGAGGGUGCGAUGCUUGCGCAGACAGCAGGGCAAAGCGGGUUCGUGGACUCGCUGCGAAGUGCGCUGUGCGCUCCGCUUGAUCCGCGACGUGCAUGGGAGAGCGAGCGGUUGGGCAAGCUGCGGCGGCAGGUCGGGUCGAGCUCGUCCAAGUGGUGGGGCCUUGUCGAGGCGCACCUGCCAGGGACGCUGGACCGACUGGCGAUGGCGAUGGCGCCGUUUAUCUCGUCGCCGUCGCUCGGGUUUGGCGAUCGGGUGCGGUCGCUGCUGACCUCGCUCUCGCUCUCGCCGCUGGCCUCGCUUGUGCGUGCGUUUGUUGACAUCUAUAACCUGCUCUAUGGCUCGUUCUCCGCGGCACGGGCGGUGAGCAUGCCCAAGGGCUCGUCGGGCGCGAUACGGGCGCGGGCGGCGGUGGCCAACGCCAUCGACGACCUCGCGUCGUUCCGACUUUUGCUCCGGCUGACGGUGCUCGAGGUGCUGUGGAUGUCGGCGCACGGGUUCGAGGUUCCCGAGGCGCCGGGCGUCGGGGUCGGGUCGGCGGCGGCGCGUGGGACGCCCGACUCGUUCGACAUGCCGCCCGGAUGGGAGGUGCUCUCUCUCGACGUACUCGACACGGUCCUGUUUGAGCGGACGUGGCAAGUGCUCUCCGAGCUGCUGAGAGCGCGGUGUUUUGCCGCCAACCACGCGCUGGCGUCCAAAAUUGCCGGCUUUGCACGCGUCUCGCUCCGCGACCUCGGCGUGAAGGACGAGCUGCUGCUGGAUGCCGAUGCCCGCGUUCGCGGCGGCGUGACCGACUCGUUGCCGCCUGUCAUCUCGUCGAUGUCAUCGGUUGGCGGACUCACCUCAGAGUAUGUGUACGACCAGAGCGAAGACGACGACCAAGUGCCCGACAGUGGCGACGCAGGAACCGAUGUUGCCGAGACGGGGGCUCGCGGUGACGACGGCGACGACGGCGACGACGGCAAUGAUGAGGAUGAUGCUGAGGUCGACGAAGAAGAUGACGUCGACGACGAGGACGGAUACGAGGCUGGGGUGGUGAUGACGACCGAUGACGAGCCCGGUGGCGGCGUCUUUGAGUUUGACGAAGGCUUAACGUCGCCUCGGGUGGCGGUGGGCAGCGGCGAGGCAGCCCAGCGGUCACCACGCGGCGGGGUGCGAUCAGGCGGCGGGUCGUCGUCGUCGAUCUUUGCCGCCUUUGAUGCCGUCGACUCGCCCGACUUUGCGCACGUCGACUUUUUCGAUGCCGACGAGACGUGCGAGACCGGCGACGAGACCGACGAUGCAGGCAUCUUGCUUCGAGUGCCUGUCAGCCGGCAAGUGGUGGCAAAAGAGAGCACCACGCUGAGCGAUCCGUACCACGCAGCGAUUGCGUGCAUGGAGCGGGUGGCGCACGAGGUCUCGCCGCGGAGCAAGCUGGCGGCCCUGAUGGGCGGCUCGGAGGCUGUUGUUAGUGCGGUGCAGGCAGCCAAGGAGCGAAGCGGGAGCGCAUCGUGCGCGGUGGCGCUCGGAGCGGAGGACAUGUUCCCGAUCCUGGUGUACACCAUGGUCAAGGCGCGAAUGGAGGAGGUUGCGUCGUGCAUCGAGCUGCUCAAGCUCUUUGUGUGUGAGGAGUUUGAAGGCGAGGAGGCGUGCUACCGGGUGGCGUCGCUCGAGUCUGCGGCCAACUUUCUGGGCUCGCUCGACCCGCGAGUGCGCGACAGCGGUGGUGCGCUGCUUCCACCGUCGGUCCUCGAGUCAAACAUGGUGUUUGCCAUGUACAGCGGCGUGACGCGCAGCAGCGACGGCGCCGUGGAGCGGCGCAGCGGGCAGGUCGGCGGUGUCAGCUGGGUCGUUGACCUCCUGCAGACGAUCGGCUACGCGCCACACCUCGACUACCACUACGACGACAUCCUGUUCCGCCCGCAGUGGCGCGACGAGGUGCUUGAGUUCCCAGACAUGGCUUCCUCGCUCCUGGACGCGGCCGGCCUCGAGCUGGUGGGCAGCGAGGACGGAGGCGGCGACGGCCUGCUCCGCAUCCGGUUUGUCCGGCGGUAUCCGCUCUCGGUCUACGUCCUGCUCGCCGACGCACUCGCUGCCGAGAGCUGGAAGGAUGAAUAAAGAGGUAAGCGUGUGGCAGGA